AUGAAGCUCAGCCUCCUUACCCUCCUCCCCUUCCUCACCCAGCCCACCACCGCGCACCCCUCCCCCAACUCCCAAAAGACCACCACCCCCCCAAUCUUCUUCCUCGCGGGCGACAGCACAACCGCCAAACAAAGCACCGGCGGCGGCGGCUGGGGCAACGGGUUCCUCAACACGACCCUGCACCACGGCGCAACAGGCAUCAACUACGGCGUCAACGGCCGCACAACCGUCAGCUACCGCGCGGACGGCUACUGGGCGACCGUGCUCGCCAGCGUGACCACCGCCCACGCAUCAGGCACGCACACCCCCUACGUGACCAUCCAAUUCGGCCACAACGACCAGAAGGCAGCCGCCAACAUCUCCAUCGCCGAGUACACCACCAACCUGGAGGUGUUUGUGGACGACGUGCGCACCGCCGGCGGCACCCCCAUCCUCGUCACGCCGCUCUCACGCCGAGGCUACGACAACUCGACUGGCACGCCCUUGAUCGUCGAGAAUCUGGCCGAUCAGCGCGCCGCCACGAUCGCCGCCGCCGAGGCGACCGGCGCGCUGUGGAUUGAUUUGAAUGCCGCGAGUACGCGCUACCUCAAUGCGAUUGGGCCGGCAGACGCGUGGACGUAUAAUCUUGUGGCCGAUGAUCAGACGCAUUUGAAUGCCCAGGGGAGUGUGGUGUUCGGGGGGCUUGUGGCGGAGUUGAUUGGAGGGGUGGUGCCAUAUCUACAAAGGGAAGGGUUUGUGGUUGUUGAGAAGACGCUUAGGAAGGAUUUGGAUGAGGGGGUGUAUUUUUGGCCGGAUUUGUAG